AUGCCCCAUCACAAUCCACACCGCCAAGAGAGUGGCUUCGACGAGGAGCAGUUGGAGCAAGCGUCUCGCGAAUCCGUGCAGGAUGCGUAUGCACCACCGUUGAACGUGUCGUCCUACGAUGAGCAAGCUCAGAUUCGCCGGGCCGAGCAGGAAAGCCUCCAGGAUGCGUACACGACUGGAUACAGCCGUCCUCAAGAGUUUGUUUCGGUUGGGAGGGAGGGAUAUCAACGGCCUCCUGAGGAAUAUGCCGGUUAUGGACGCGAUGAGUACCAAGGGCCCCCCCAAGGGUACGGGCGGGGGGAAGGAUACGGGAGACCCAGCGAGGAACGUGAAUACGGCCGACGCCCUCCUCAAUCGGAUAACCAGAUGCAUUACCAUGCCCCGCCUGGUCGACCUCCCCAGGAGACACAGUUUGACAAUGCCCGCUAUUCCGCGCCUCCCAGACCUGACGACGAGUACGGACGCUCGCAAAUGCCUCAACAGCAAGAGCAAGAACACCAUCACCGUCAUCAUCACCAGCAGCAGCAGCAGAUGGGUGAAUACGCCGGUGACGGAGAAUCGUAUGGCGGCGGGGAAUACCGUCCUCCGGUAAAUGCGCCUCAUGUGGAGGAAUACGAGCGACCUCGACCUCCGGCGGGUGAAGGGUAUGGCAACGGGCCCGAGCGGCCGCACAAUGUGCAACAUGCGCCGACGGGUCCGAUCUCUCAGCAUCAUGGAACUGCUGCGGAAUAUUACAACAACGAACCACCUCAGCCGCGCCCUCAACAGGAAACAUACCACGACGCGCAAGACGGUCAAUUUUCUGCUGACGUCGCCUCCGUCCAUCCGCCAAAGCCACAUGAUGGUCCUUCGCCACCGAACCUUCAGAACGCGGCGAACUUUGCGUCCCAGCACUGGCAGGAUGGUGUCCAGGAUCAAGAGUUGUUCAACGCCGCUGCCGCUCAAGUGGCUGCCCAGCAGGGUCAUUCGCAGCCGAGCGACGAUGAUCCCCCAACACCGACGAUCCAUCCUCACGCCGUCAACUCAUCUUCGACCCCAACACAGAUGGGCCAAGCCGCUGCAAUGGGUGCUCUCCAGCACGUCAUGUCAGGUGCAGGAGGUGGCGCCGGUGGGUCGCUCACGUCCCUGCUGGGUGGCCUUACGGGCGGAGGAGGAGUGGGGGCUGCUAUUAGCAGCCUACUAGGUGCAAGUGGUGGUGGGGCGCCUUCCGCGCCGCAGGCUGGUGCUCCUCAUCCUCAAGGAGCGUCGACUGGUCCUGCCCAAGGCGGAGCGCCUCCUGCCGGAAGUCCUGCCGCGCCCGCAAGCCCUUACGAGAAGCUGAUUGCUGUCGCGAUGAUGAAGGCGAGCGAGCUGUUUGAUAAACACGGAAGCGGUGAUCCCGCUGCCAAGCAGCAAGGCGAGCCUAUCCAAGCUGCCGCCUCGACCGUCAUGAAACUCAUGACCCGGUACCAGUCCGGCGGUUCGGGUACCGGCGGACAAUUCCAACCCGGCGAGAUUCAAGGGCUCUUCGGCUCGUUUAUGAAGGCUUUCUUCUGAGGCUGUAAGAGAUUCACAUAGAUGAAUGCGUUAACUCGAAUGUAAGCGACUGAAAGAAAUUGAAUUCG